UAUACUAAUAUUAUAGUAACUGGUUUCAAUUCACCAAAAAUCACACUAUGAAAAGUAAUAAAUAGCAUUGACUGCAAAAAGCAAACCAAUCAAAAUAGUAUAAUAACAAAAUUAUGACUUCAUAAAUAUGAAACUAAAAGCACAUACAAACAGUAUUACUUUGAUGUAACAUGAAUCAUUAGUACAUGACUACCUUGAAACCGAUAACUGUCUCAUUUCAUAAUUGAUGAUAAUUGCGCUCUGCUGUCAUCCAAGUUAAGUUCUUUGUAGCUAAAAUAGCAGCGUUCAACCAUGUAAUCAGUGCUUUGAAAGAGCAACUUACAUGAAAAAUCACAGCCUGAAUAAGAGUGCAUUUCAGGAAAGCGCAAAAAGGGGAUAAAUAGACCUAUGAGAUGAUCUGUUAUUGCGUGCCUCUGCCCUGUGGCUGAAUAAAUCUGUCUUUUGCUGGCAGCAAUUGGGUUGCGCCCCAUAGGAUCAGUCUCAUAAGAGUGCAGCAGGGCUUGAGCGCGGCUAUCAGUCAUACAGUAAACCCACACUACUGUAUGCAAAAAAAACUCUCACUAAAAGCAAUUCCUGAGAGCCUCAUUGAACAGGGUUUCUAAUGAAUUCAUGUAAAAUGAAGGUGAAUUAAAGCAAAGCUGCAAGUGUGUUGAAACAUUACUCUUUAAGACUGCUUUCUAAAUAAUAUUAGAGCAAGCAUUUAUUUACAGUGCAUGUGUCAUUGCAGGCAUAUUAAAGCGACAGGAUGUUUUGAGAAUUUCAGACUAAUUUGUUCUCCCUUAGGUACCAUUAUGUCCCCAUUAUGGAUAUAGCCAUGGAUGUGUUUUCUCUAAGUGAUAGAACAGUGUGGGAAAGGCUAUGGAAAAUCCCUAUCACCACACACAGGAAGUCACAUGUGAACAGGGACUGUGUAACAUCAGAUUCACUGUAAACAAAGAUGGCCAUCUAGUGGACUAAUCGUUCAAUCACAGCAGGAUGUAAUGUAGUGACUAGUCCGCUAUUUAUUGAUGCGCCAUGUAAAUGUGAGUUAUAAUAAUAACAUGCUUUCCAUUUGUAGGGAAUUUCACCAGGACCUCGUUUACCAGCGAAUGGGCGUCCUGUAGAUAUACCGGGCCAGGGUCAACAGCAAAGGCCUCCAGUUCUCAGUUCUCAGCAGAAGAAUCCAGGUCAGGACCAGAACCUUCAAAGACCACUGGGUCAACCGCAGCUCAGCAUCUCUGAUACAGAGAAACUGAGCACACAGGAUCAGUUCAGUCGUCAUCUAACACGACCUCCACCAGACUACAAACACCCGCGCAGUGGAGUUGGACCACAACAGCCAAGCUUAUACUCAGGCAAUGGGUCAGACCAAAGUGACAUCCAAUCCUUGUCAUGCCACCUGCCCAAUGGACAGGGUACCAAGAUGGUGCCAACCUCAGGUGAGAGAAGGUUUCCACUUGGACAAGACCCUAAUUCAGGACCCACAGGUUCUCAAGCUUGCGCAAACCAGCUCCGACAGCAACCCAGCAGCCUGAUCCGAAUGGGGCUUCAGCAAAACAAGCCUCAGUUCCAUGGGACAAACAACCAGAGUGCCACAUUUCAAUCGAGCACUCAGCAUGUGAGGACAAGCAUCAGUCAAGAUUCCCUGCUGGGACAAAGAUUGGGCGACAUGAGCACCAAUACCAGCCGGAUGGACACUGCUUUGAACUGGGUAAACAGUGCCAAACAGAGUGGAGCUCCAACAGGACUAGAUGUCAAAAGGCUCCCAAAUACAGCGAUGCCUCAAAGUGACAUUCAUUUUCCUCCGAGGUCUAUUUGCCCACCUAACCAGGUGGCGCCUCAUUCUAGUCUGCUACCCAUAAACCCUGCAAUCAGAGGCUCUGCUCCCAGAGCCAAUCAGCCUAGGAUACCCCCUCUACCUGGGGUGACUUGCCUGACCCAGUCGCCGCCCGAACAGCAGGGUUGUCCGACCACAUUUGGAGAGCUGAGCCAAAGCUCAGCAACUUAUCAGAACAACCGGCCAGGUCGAUUGACCUUUGACUUCUUACCAGAGGACGAUAACACGGUACCAGGGAUAAAUGCAGACUCGGAUUUCAUCGACUCCCUGCUUAAGUCAGGUUCAGGCAAUGAUGACUGGAUGAAGGACAUCAACCUGGAGGAAAUUCUAGGUGGACAUUCGUAAAAUGUAUUCAAAGCAUGAGAAUUUUGUUUGAACUGACUGUAUUAGGAGCCUGACGUGAAAGUCCUGUUACAAAAAAAAAAAUAUAUAUAUAUAUAUAUUACCUUUCUAUUUGUGUGGAAAACAAAUGUAUUAUAUGUUCUACUAUAUUGUUGGGUUGUUUCUUCAUAUAAUUUACUAACAUAUUGUAAAGUUUCAUGUUCAUGUCUUGAGUGAACAUCAACUUCAGUGUUUUAAAAAUACCACACAAUACCCCCAAAUCCAUACCAGUUGUCGUUAAAAUGCUGUGAGAUUUCUGUUAGAACUUUCUAAUCCAUUAGCACAGAGAUUAAUGUAAAAGAAACUGUGAUUCGACUGCCAUGAUAGAGCCACUGAGCAUGACAUCUGCACUUAAGAAGCAAUUUAUGAUAAAUACUUUGUUUGCUCUGGCUCUUAUAGUUUAAAGUUAUACAUCUUAAAUAUUAUAAUAUUGAUAUAAUAUUGCAUAACAUAAAAGUACAGAUCUGUUUUGACUGUCCAUUCUCAAAUUGCAUAUCAACGGGUGUUGAAAAAGAGCCAUUUUUGUAUCAUUUUAUUACACAUCCAAAAGAGAACAUCUGUAAAGGGAAUACACAUAUGCUCAGAAUGUUAGAUGCUAUUGUUAACUGAUAAGGCAGACCUUCUUUAGAAAGAUGUUAAGUUUAUAAGUUCUUAUUGGUAAUAUUGUAUUUAUACACCUGUAUCUCAGUAUAUAAAAUGAUAUUUUUUCUAUUUCUUUUCUAUAAUGCGCUAUAAUUCUGUCAUAAAAGUGUAUAUCCUAUUAUGUCAAUUUAGCCUUUGAUAAUAAACUACAUCAAAGAAGAACCUUUACAGCACAUUUUGACAAUUUGUUAUUAUAUUCCAGGUCAAAUGGUAGUGAAGUGCCACUAGGCUGUCUUAGGUCCUCGUCCUUUAUUGUUUUUACCAUAUUCAGAAAAUCUGGUCACAUCAGUGAUCUCUCAUUUCUACACUGAACACCUGUUAGAUUCCUAAACAACUACAAUGUAAUGCUACUUGUAAAGCUCUUAAUAUUGGAGAUCCUUAGUACCUACUCACUGAAUUUACAAGAUGAUUGGUAAUUGUUAACUAUAAAAAUAUAACCAUAUAUUUACCAUUAUUUGUUUCCCCAUUCUCACAAACAAACCGUCACAUACAUAUGUCCACUCUAUAAACAAUCGAAAAUACUUAAUCUUGAUUCAUUUAAUUUCUACAUAUAUUAAUAUUUGUAACACUUCACAGUAGUUAGUUAAGUCAAUUAUGAAUAAUAAAUAUAAAUAAAUAAGUAUGAAUAAUACCAUAUUUAUCGAUGAACAUGAACCUAGACUAAUGAAUGCCGUAAAAAAUUUUAACUUAUGGAACCUUAUUGUAAAGUUUUGCCUUUCUUUGGGGUCGUAGAUUAUGAUUUCACUUUUUAAAUUUUAGUGUGUAAUGUGGCUGUUUGAGCAUAAACAUCAUCUGCAAAGUCACAACGCUCAAAGGGAGAAACUGUCUUUUAUAGAUUGCGCCGCAGGGACUACAACAAGCUACUUCCUGGGUUAGUGACAUCACAAACCCUGAAAUUUACAUAAACCCUGCCCCCACGUACAUGCAACUACCCAUAAUGGUAAGAGGCGUGACUUUUCUGGACAACAUGCACUAGCCGCACUAGAAUCACAACCAGCUAACCAAUCUGAUCCCAUUGAGAAUUUCUGAGGGAUGAACCAGGAAGUCACCAUACCAUUUUUUUUAGGAGAACAGAAAAGAUGGUGUAGAAUGAAGUUGUUUUUUUAGACAAAGCAUGAUUAAGUUAAAGUGAACCCCAUAAACACAAUCACACAAGGAUUUGAAUAAAGAUCCUGGCUUAAAUUGAUUAAACCCUGCAACUUGAGACAUCAGGCUUUUCCAUCAUGACUUGAGACUUGAGUGAUUAAGUCUUGAGA